ACCUGGCCAUGGCGAUGCAUGGCGAUUCAGUGACGAGGUAUGGCGCUGAGUGGAUCGAUUUGCUGUAGCUGGAUCGAUUACUGUAGCUAGAAAGCGCUAGCGCUUAAAAUCUCCGCUGCAUGCCUGUGGAGCGGCACCAUUUUUCACUCCAGGGCCGUGCUCUGCCGCUUGCGUCGUUGUUUAGCUGGGGAGCGCUGCAAUUUGCGCCCCUUUUCCCUAGCAAUCCUUCGUACCUUGCAUUGAUUUUGCUGCCUUUCGAGUCGCGAUCACUGGAUUGUCUCACUUCCGUUAUGGUGAUUUUAACUUAGUCUUCCUUUCUUUGUUUUUGCGUCCUUGUGUCUCUUCCUGUCUUAUCACUGAGGCUUUGUUUAUUCUUCUCUUCGAGCGGUGAACGCGUGAAGUACUUUGAGCGAUUUUUCUUUGCCUUCGUCUUCUUUCCUCUCUUUGUUUUCUAUCCAUACGAUUGUUUCUAGCCUCCGGCCAACUCCUGCUUGAACAGCGGGAGAUUUUUUAGAACUACACACACGAGAGUUGAGCAACGCGGUAUGGCAGGAUUUUCAAGACGGAUUUUGGCAACAGACACUCCCGUCAUGGUUCAGGUUCAAGAGCUUCUUCAAGGAAGAAACGAUGUUGUCUCGCUUGCCCAGGGAGUUGUCCAUUGGCAGCCUCCACCGCAAGCUCUCGAGAAAGUCAAAGAUCUGAUACAGGACAUUUCUACAAGCCGCUAUGGCCCAGACGAUGGCCUUCCAGAGCUUAGGCUUGCACUUUCCGAGAAGCUUAAGAAGGAAAACAAGCUUUUCAAGUCUUCGGUGAUGGUCACCGCUGGUGCAAACCAGGCCUAUGCGAAUUUAGCACUCAGUUUGUGUGAUCCAGGAGAUUCCGUGGUAAUGUUUGCUCCAUAUUACUUCAAUGCGUACACGACAUUCCAGAUGACUGGCAUCUAUGACAUCGUCGUGGUUCCCAGUCAUCCAGACACUUGUCAUCCAGAUCCAGGUACUUCAGCUUCUUUUUCUAAUGAUUCUCUACGAACAUUUACAACAGAAAUGCUGGAGAAAGCUCUUCGUGAGCAUACCCCAAAGCCGAGAAUUGUUAACGUUGUGAAUCCUGGAAAUCCUUCUGGUACUUAUUUACCAGAGGAAACACUCAAGCGAAUAUCGGAGCUGUGCAAGAACGCUGGAGUUUGGCUCGUUGUAGACAACACGUACGAGUAUUUCAUGUACGAUGGUCGCAAACACGUUUGCAUCGAAGGUGACCACAUACUAAACGUCUUUUCGUUCUCCAAAGCCUACGGCAUGAUGGGAUGGCGAAUAGGAUAUAUCGCCUAUCCAUCAACAGUGCCCGGCUUUGGCGAGCAGCUGCUCAAAGUCCAAGACAACGUCCCCAUUUGCGCGUCGAUCAUCGGGCAAAAACUUGCUCUGGCCGCUCUAGACGCUGGUCCUCAAUGGGUCCUGGAACGAGUAGCGAGACUAGGCAAGAACAGGGCCAUGGUUUUGGAUGCUCUCUCGUCGCUGGGCCAAGGAGCUGUGAAAGGAGGCGAGGGGGCAAUUUACUUCUGGGCCAAGCUUCCGGAGAAAUUCCCAGACGAUGUAGCAGUCGUGAAAUGGCUGGUUUCCAAGCACAAAGUUAUGGUGGUUCCUGGUAGCGCUAGCGGAGGAAAGGGGUGCAUUCGAAUCUCCUAUGGUGGAUUGGACGAGGGGAGCUGCGAAAUCGCGGCGGCGAGGCUUAAAGCCGGCCUGGAAGAGCUUGUUCUUCGCGGUUGCGUCUAGGCGGGAAAAAGGUUUUAAAUUUGAAUUUGAAUUGAUUUUUAAA